CUCCACUUUUGUGAGCUGUUGCUUAGCAGCUAAUAAUAGGAGAUGUUUGCAAAGUAAUUUGCCUCUUCCUUGGCCAAUGAGAACCAGAGCACUUUUCCAUCAAACCUCCCUUUUCAGGAUUUGCAAAGGGGCUCCCUUCUCCAAAUGUUACUGCAACAGGAUAAGAAGCAGAGCUAACGUUGAGCUCCAGUUUAACUCGGUUUUGUUUUUGUAUCUUCAUUUUACAAGUCGGACGAAUGAAUACUAUCGGAUCCGCCAGGAUUUGGGCACAUAAUGUUGGGAUGGAGUUGCGAGACUUUGGCUCAAGGAAAGAGUAGAAGAUUCCCCGCAAACUUUGACCCCGUGGAUGCGCUUCUUCUCUUCAUUGGAUUAUUGUUGCUUCUGCUGAAACUCGUGCCGAUUUUUCUUCUUCUUAUCGCCGUGUGCUUCGUGUUCUUGCGUGGACUAUGGCCUCGGAUCAUAGAGUCCCAGAGGCCGGUAUUUUUGGAGAUUUGCCCCCGACUUACACACGCUCUCCCCCGGCCGCGACCUCGGAUCUGCUCCGGAGACCCAGCUACUGCCAUGCUGCUUUUGCGUUAAAACAGAUUUCCAAGGUGACCAAAGACAUUUUCUCAACUUUUUUUCGGCCUCCUGCUUGUGGGCGCGCGCGCGCUAGCCCGCACGCCUGGCGGGCCUCUCGCCUCUUCGGUUGUCCUUUCGUGACCGGCACGUGUUCCUACUGUAACGCGCUCUUGUUGUUUCUCCGCAGGGCAAGGCGGGUGGGACAGAAGGCCCCGUUGUGGCUCCGGGCGCGGUUCCAGGCCCUGCUCUUCUCCCUGGGCUGUCACAUCCAGCGCCACUGCGGAAAGGUCCUCUCAUUGGGCUCCUGGUUUUCGGGGGCCCUGGCGGUCGGAUUGCGAGUUGCUGCGAUUGAGACGGACAUCGAACAGCUAUGGGUGGAAGCUGGAAGCCGAGUAAGUCAAGAGCUAAGAUACACCAAGGAAAAACAAGGAGAAGACACUAUUUUUACAUCACAGAUGCUCAUUCAGACCAACAGAAAAGAAGGUGCCACAGUCCUCACACAGGAGGCUUUGUUACAGCACCUUGAGGCAGCACUGGCAGCCAGCAAGGUGCAGGUGUCUUUGUACGGAAAAUCAUGGGACUUGAACAAGAUCUGCUACAAAUCAGGUGUCCCUAUCAUUGAGAACGGAAUGAUUGAGAGGAUGAUUGAUAAACUUUUUCCAUGCAUGAUUGUGACCCCUUUAGACUGUUUCUGGGAAGGCUCCAAACUCCAGGGUGGUUCUGCCUAUCUACCGGGAAAGCAAGAUAUCCAAUGGAUGAAUCUGGACCCAGUGCAGUUAAUGGAAGAACUGGGUCAGUUUACAUCUCUUGAAGGUUUCCGUGAAAUGCUUGAAAAGGCCCAAGUUGGUCACGCCUAUAUGGACCGCCCUUGUUUGGAUCCAUUUGAUCCUGAUUGCCCAAGCAGUGCUCCCAACAAAGCUUUGCAUAAAACACCAGAUAUUCCACUGGAACUGCAUGGUGGCUGUCAUGGCUUCUCCAAAAAGUUCAUGCAUUGGCAGGAAGAACUGAUUCUAGGAGGUGUUUCUAAGGACUCCCAGAAUAAUCUGUUAAGUGCUGAAGCCCUCCAGACCAUGUAUCUACUUAUGAGCCCAAAGCAGCUUUAUGAACACUUUAAAGAUGACUAUGAAAUUCAUGACAUCAACUGGAAUGAAGAAAAAGCCACUGCAAUCUUGGAGUCUUGGCAAAGAAAAUUUGUUGAGGUAGCUCAUCAGAGUAUUUCCCAAAAUACUUCACAGAGCAUACAUGCUUUCUCUACCACUACUCUCAACGACAUUAUGAAAUCUUUUUCUGAUGUAAGUGUGAUCCGAGUAGCAGGAGGUUAUUUACUUAUGCUAGCAUAUGCAUGUGUGACCAUGUUACGAUGGGACUGUGCCAAGUCUCAAGGAGCUGUGGGCCUAGCAGGUGUCCUGUUAGUUGCUUUGUCUGUAGCAUCUGGAUUGGGAUUAUGCUCUCUCUUAGGGAUUUCCUUUAAUGCCGCCACAACUCAGGUGCUCCCGUUUCUUGCUUUGGGCAUUGGAGUGGACGAUAUGUUCCUUUUGGCUCAUGCAUUCACUGAAACUGGUUAUAACAUCCCUUUCAAGGAAAGGACUGGAGAAUGUCUUCGUCGCACUGGGACAAGUGUGGCACUUACGUCAAUUAAUAACAUGAUUGCCUUUUUCAUGGCUGCACUGGUACCCAUCCCUGCCCUGCGUGCUUUCUCCUUGCAGGCUGCCAUAGUUGUAGUCUUUAACUUUGCAAUGGUUCUACUCAUAUUCCCAGCUAUAUUGAGCUUGGACCUGCGUAGGCGUGAAGAUAAGAGACUGGAUAUUUUGUGUUGUUUUUACAGUCCUUGCUCAAAUCGUGUCAUCCAGAUACAACCUCAAGAGUUUGCUGAUGCCAAUGAUAAUCACACGUACUCACAGCAGUCUUACAGAGGCCCCACCAUUACAACCAGCACCCAGAUUACAACUACAGUCCAAGCCUUCACACAGUGUGAUGCCUCAGGACAGCACAUAGUAACUAUCCUGCCACCAACAUCCCAGAUCUCUACCAGUCCAUCUGUGCUUGUCUCUUCCAAUUCUGACACUUAUGACUCUCAGCUCUUCAUGGCUUCAAGCUCCACUCGUGAUUUAUUGGCACAUAUUGAUGAAUCCAAAAGCAGACGAGAGUGUGUUCCUUUGCCGUUCUUUCGAUGGAACCUUUCCGACUUUGCUCGUGACAAAUAUGCUCCUUUGCUACUGAAACCCAAAACAAAGGUGACUGUAUUAGUAAUGUUCAUGGUGCUUCUUGGGAUUAGUCUUUAUGGAACCACAAUGGUCCAUGAUGGCCUUUAUUUAACUGAUAUUGUCCCUCGUGAAACUAAGGAAUAUGACUUUAUCUCGGCGCAGUUCAAGUACUUCUCCUUCUACAACAUUUACCUAGUAACAAUGGGUGGAUUUGACUAUGCCCGCUCCCAGAGACAGCUCCUUCAGUUGCACAAUAGUUUUAAUUCUGUGAAGUAUGUGGUGCGGGAUGAAAACCAGAAGCUGCCUCGGAUGUGGCUGCACUAUUUUCUUGACUGGUUACAAGGUCUUCAAACAGCAUUUGAUUCAGACUGGGCAGCUGGCAGAAUUACACGUGAAAACUAUCGUAAUGGCACUGAAGAUGGAGUGUUAGCGUACAAGCUGCUAAUUCAGACUGGCUCAAAGAAGGAACCUUUUAACUAUAGUCAGCUUACCACAAGAAAACUUAUAGAUGAAGAGGGCAUGAUCAACCCUGAAACUUUCUACAUCUAUCUAACAGUAUGGGUUAGCAAUGAUCCCCUAGGCUAUGCAGCUUCUCAGGCAAACUUUGAACCACAUCCUCCUGAAUGGAUUCAUGACAAGUAUGACACGACCGGGGAGAAUCUGCGCAUCCCUGCUGCAGAACCUCUUGAGUUUGCUCAGUUUCCCUUCUAUGUAAAUGGCCUUCGGCAGACAACAGACUUUAUAGAAGCCAUUGAAAGUGUGCGCUCAAUCUGUGAUGAGUUUUCCAAAAAAGGAAUCCGCAACUAUCCUAGUGGCUACCCAUUCCUCUUCUGGGAACAGUAUAUUGGUCUACGGCACUGGUUCCUGCUGUCCAUCAGUGUCGUACUUGCCUGUACGUUUUUCGUCUGUGCUAUGCUUUUGCUGAAUCCCUGGACUGCUGGUAUUAUUGUCUUCAUUUUGGCUAUGAUGACAAUUGAGCUUUUUGGAAUUAUGGGAUUGAUUGGAAUCAAGCUAAGUGCAAUCCCUGUGGUGAUUCUGAUAGCAUCUGUAGGGAUUGGCGUGGAAUUUACAGUCCAUGUGGCACUAGGCUUUUUGACAGCAAUUGGAAAUCGAAACCUCCGAUCCAUAAUAGCUCUAGAACAUAUGUUUGCCCCUGUAAUGGAUGGUGCCAUCUCAACUUUGCUAGGUGUGCUGAUGCUGGCAGGGUCUGAGUUUGACUUCAUCAUGAGAUAUUUCUUUGCAGUCUUGACCAUAUUGACUCUGCUUGGUCUCCUAAAUGGAUUGGUCUUGCUACCUGUGCUCCUAUCUCUGCUUGGUCCACCAGCAGAGGUCACGCCUAUGGACUCUGCCAAUCACUUGCCCACACCCUCUGCAGAACAAAUCCCACCACCACCCAUGAAUGAACAUGAGCUGUACUCCAGAUGUUACCCAUCAAGGAGACAUGAGCAUGCGUUCUCUGAAACUUCGGAAUCUGAAUAUUACUCUGAAACCACUACUGCAUCCAGGCUAGGAGAUGAAGAGUACCAUUACUGGGACCAAAAUGCAUAUAUAAUCCCACCUACUAAUGCACCUCCCUCCCAUAUUCUUCUGGAGGCCAGCAAGAACCCAAGCUUCCCCAAACUCACGGUUGUGAAACCAUACAAGGAGGGGAAAGAAAUCCCUACCACGAAAGGACAUUUAAAUGCACCAGUGCAGACCACUGUGAGCUCUGUCAGUUCGCAGAUUUCAAGACAGGACAAGAAGCUGGACUUCCACCAUGACCAGGGGCCCCAGAGGCAACAUCUAUCCUCAGACAGACCCCAAGGCCCUGGAAGGACUAAUUAUUCCAGUUCUAGUUCUCACAACAAUAGCAAGCUACACCACCCCAGGACUACACUGCCUGCAUAUAGCACGGCUACCCGAAUAUCUGGGCCUAACAGUUCUGUUACCACAGUGACUGCCACCGCCUCAGUGACUGUAGCCGUGCACCCCAGCCUGCCGGGGACAUUCACGGGCUACACACAUGAGGGGUUUGAGGACAGUGAGUCAGACUGCAUGGAAGAGCCCCUUCCACCUUCAUAUGUAGUUUCAGCAGCCAACAAGGUGGAUGUCUCAGAGAGUCAGGACCUGGAGUGUGACAGAAGAAACAGAGAGACCUUAAACCAGCAUUAGGUGUUGCUGUAAAACUGGCGGCCAAAGAAGCCACAAUCGUUGGUGUGAAACGCAUCGCCAACUGCUUUCUGGACACACUGGCCUUCAGAUCUGCUCUAUAAACUGUAAAUGUCCCUCAGAAAGACAAGAGAAUUUAUUUUAAAAUGGGAAAAGCUCCUGUUCAGAGAUAUAAAUAUAUAUAUAUGCAUAU